AUGGAUAGGAGAAGAAAGGGUCUGGAAGCCAAGGAUGAUUUCAUUCAAUCAAUGAUUUCAAAAGAUGGGCUUCCUCAAGAAGAUCGAUUGACUGACUUGCAAAUCAAAGAUAAUUGUCUUGCUCUUCUUAUUGCAGGUUUUGCCACAACAGGAGCAGCUCUCACAUGGUCAGUGAAAUUUCUAGAGGAAAAUCCUUGUGCAAAAGAAAGACUCAUGGAAGAGUACAAGAGGAUUGAUGAGAAGAAGGUUGGAUCAAAAGUAACUAAAUUGACAUGGGAUGACAUUCACCAGAUGCCUUACACUACAAAGGUUAUAUUAGAGACAUUAAGAAUGUCAAACCCAGUUCAAUGGAGUACUCGUAGCGUUCUUCAAGACUUUUCUUUGCAAGGUUUUACCAUUCGAAAAGAUUGGAUUCUUGCAAUCGAUCAUUGUGGUCUUCAUUACGAUUCUGAUAUUUUUCCAAAUCCAACAAAGUUCAAUCCUUCCAGAUUUGAUGUGGAUGUUGGGAAUAAGGAAGUGGAACACUACGAUAUGUGGGUAUGGGAGCUGAUUGGGAUACAAAUGGAAGACUCACAAAAUGAGGUAUAUACGAAUUCUGAUUAA